CUUCCGUGUUGAAAACAGCACGAUGGCAGUCCCGGUCCUGCUUCUUCUCCAGGCGGCCUGCGUGUUCUCCAUGGGGGUUGGGCUGUGGGUUGUCUGCAACCAUUUCCUCACUGCGGAAAUCCCUGCUGCCAUCGGCCACCCCAUGAAACUGCGGGUCCUGCACUGUAUUUUCGAGCUGUUGGUGACGUGGGGGAUGAUUUUUGAGAGACUGAGAAUCUGCUCUAUGCCUCAGUUUGUCCGUUUCGUGCAUGAUCUAGUGCCACUCAAGGAGGAUCCGGAUGUCAUGGUCACAGAUCUGUACUACGGGACGAUCCCUGUGAAGCUGUACCAGCCCAAGGUGUCUUCCUGCACCCUCAGGCCUGGCAUCGUGUUCUACCACGGCGGCGGGAUAGUCAUGGGGAGCCUGAGAACCCACUAUGCCAUAUGCUGUCGUUUGUCCAAGGAAAGUGACUCAGUGGUUCUAGCAGUUGGAUACCGCAAGUUGCCCCACCAUAAGUUCCCUGUGGCGCUAAGAGACUGCAUUGCAGCUACGACCCACUUCCUAAAGUCCCUGAACACGUACGGGGUGGACCCAGAUCGGGUCGUGCUCUGUGGGGACAGUGUGGGAGGGGGGAUGGCAACGGCAAUCUGUCAAAGAUUUUUGGGCUGUCCAGAUCUCCCCAAGAUCCGUGCUCAGAUCCUGAUCUACGCCAGUCUCCAGGCUGUGCAUUUCCAGUUCCCCUCCCAUCAGCAGAACAAGAAUGUCCCCAUGGCCAGCCAAGACUUUGCCUUCUACUGUUGGAGUGCUUUCCUGGACAUCAACCCCUCCUGGAAAAACACUAUCCUGAAAGGCGCCCAUUUGCCUGCUGAAUUCUGGGAAAAAUAUAGAAAGUGGUUGGGUGCAGAAAACAUCCCAGAGAGAUUUAAGAAGGGAACCUAUCAGCCGACCUCGGUGCCCUUGAAUGAGGCUGCCUAUCUGGAGACAAGCCUCGUGCUGGAUUUCAUGAACUCACCCCUGAUUGCAGAAGAUGAAGUCGUGUCCCAGCUCCCCGAAACAUUCAUUGUGAGCUGUGAGUUUGACUUUCUCCGGGAUGACUCGCUGUUGUACAAGAAGCGGCUGGAGGACCUGGGAGUCCCAGUGACUUGGCACCACAUGGAGGAUGGUUUCCAUGGAGUGCUUAGUACCUUAGAUAUGGGCUGUUUGCACUUUCCCUGCUCCACAAGGAUUCUGGACACCAUGGUUCAUUUUCUAAAGGGGUUGUGACCAUUUUUCAUCCCAAGACUAAUGCAUUCCACCACCAUCUGGUUUCCCAGCAGGGCUCUCUGUUGUGAUGGAGGUGAUGUUGAGUGGGGCUAGGGAGGGGGUCAAGGUUGCCAUGUCCUUCUUGCUCCAGGUUCCAGAAAUGUAGAAUGCAAGCUUCUGAUGUCUGGAGGGAGAGCAGUAGGAGAGACAGGUUUGGGGGGAAGGUGGCGCUCUGUUCCUGUUCACCAUUGGGAAAACAUGAGCUGAUGAUCUGCAGCAGUCAUCUGAGAGUGAAUGGUCAUGUGAAGGUUGCCUCUGGCUUCCCUGAGGGAGAGUUCAGGCUGGUCUAGGCUGUGGGUAGCAGGAAUGUCCACUUGGCUGGCCUUGGAAUGAAAGAGGGACACAUUCUGUGCAAUCCCAUGGGCUCUCAAAUCUAGCUCAAAGGAUGGGGCUCUGCUGUUCCAGACUGUUGGGUGGAGGUGGAGAACCUGUUGUCCUUCUCCUCUGGGUACACAGUGACAUUUUCCCCUCUGUUCCUCUGCCUCUGAACUCAGAGUUUCAACUCUCUGGACUGGAAGAGUUAGGACAGAGUGGAUAGGUUUUCUGUAGUGGUUGGAACCUCG